ACUGGGCUACUAGUGCCGAUUCAUACAAUUUUAUUUUAUUCGUUUAGAUUUAAGUUUAUGUGUUUUAAGUGCAGAGAACUGAAUACACUUUAUGCAUGAGCUUAUUGGACCGAUCGAAAACGCCUAUUGAGUAAUCUAAUCGGGCAGGAUUUCUUCAGUCAUGUAAAUGUUGUAAACAUUGUAGACAUACACCCAAACCGACUGGUCUACAGACUAAUCAGUUUAAAUGGCUACCAGAGCUGCCACUUUCACAUCAAAAAUCCGUAAUUUAAAGGAUUAUCAUUACCGCAUCGUCAAUAACUUAACACCACAACCAAAUGGAGAAGAUAUUGCCAAUACACUCAAAUACUUCUCUCAAACUUUACUCAGUGUUCUUAAAGAUGUACCUAGUAUACCAGUAGAGAGUUAUGGUCCGCGACAGAGAGAUAGCGUACGUCUGUCUGUAUUCCCUAAUUUGGACUAUACAGGACUAUAUCAUGCUGUUAUGAAUAUAAUAGAUUUGGUAUCUGUCAUACAGAUUGGUCAGUUAGCUUUUGGCGAAGCUGUUUUGAAUGUUCUUGGAUGUCUGGUACCAUUUCUAGAACAUGAUCUGCUUGAUUUGUUGCCUUACACAGUAGCAUCAACAUUGGCUGUUUUCCCUUCAACUGUCCAUAAAGAUAUUAUAGAUUUAAUGUGCUGUAGUCUUCUACCAAUGACAUUAGGUUUUGAUGGAUGUCAGGAACCAUCUUAUGCCAGUGAAUCAGCUGCUGCUAUUAUAACUAUGGUAUUUGAGCAUACUGAAAAUGGAGCAUUCCAUUCUCAAAUUGUGGAGACUUUCAUGGCAAUGAAGAAAAAUGUAAUGAAAGAUUUGAUCAGUAUUAUAGCGUAUGGAUCACCUAGUGCUCGUGUUCCAGCAGCACAUCUAUUGUUUUAUUACUGGCCACAAUUAAAUCCAGCUUUAACUGAUAGACGUGGGAUACACUAUAAAUACUGUGUUUGGAAGCCAUUAUCAUGUCAAAGAGAUGACUGUUCUAAUAGGAGAAAAUGUCAAGCUACAAAGAUGUGUUUAAAUCCAGCUCUGGCCAUACAUUCAGGUGAUACACCACCACCAUUAUAUAUAUGUAGUGAUUGUGCUGAACAAUUAAGUAAAGAUAACGAGUAUAUGGUAGAUCUACUACUACCUGUCAAUCAUGUAUCAACGAUAUGUGAAAAUAAGAAUUGCAGAUCAGAGCAGAAUUUAGCUGUUAGUACAUGUUUUUCCAUAGAAUGUGCCAGUUUUAAUGGUAAUCGGCCAAUCAGAUAUUGUAAAUUCUGUCACGAAGCUCGCCAUAGUAACCAGGUUGAAGUGAAUCAUGUUUAUCAUAUGAGUAUAUCUGAUAUUUGGAGUUGUACACCUGAAUUGCAAAGAUAUCUUGUUGAUGCUGUUGUCAGUUUAUUAAAAGAAGCUCAGCCUAUAGAAUCUAAACGUAUGGUAGAGAUGGGAGAAGAGCAGCGUAGAUUAACAGAUGAAGAUGAAUGUUAUGAAGUAGAGGAAGGAGGGGAUCAUAAGUUACUAAGUAGAUAUGGUAUAUGGUUAAUGGUAGAAUUAUGUCGACCAAAAAAUGAUAUAUCCAUUGAGAUAUUAGGAAGAAUAUUGGGUAUAUUGUUUCAAUGGUUUGAUGCUACAGCUUAUUUACCAGAUGAUAAUGUUGGAAAUGCAUUGGAACGAUUAAAACCUGAGUAUAUAUAUAGUUGGUUACAAGAUGUAAUGAAGACACAUUUUGAGGUAGUUGUAUCCUGUUUAUUACCACACCCAGUGGAAUAUUCACGUGUUGGAGGAUUUUGGGAUACAUUGGCAACAAGAACAGCACAGAUAAAAGAAGGAUUGAACUGUUUCUUCUGUCUUGUUCCCUAUAAUAUUAUUACGUUUGAGAUAUGGGAUUAUGUGAUGCCAUAUUGGUUAGAAGCAAUCAGAACAGAAAUAGCCGAAGAAGAUUUACAUGAAUUAAAAGUUUUAUUGAGUAAAGCUUUUGAUAUAGAUAUGUGUCCAUUACCAUUUACAUUGGAGAAGAUGUAUCAUUUCAUAACAGAAAGAUUUGCUGAUAGUAGUGCUUCUGUACAAGAACAAGCAUUGCAAUGGCUACAGAUUCUGUCAUCAUUAGAUAUUAUCAUACCCAUGCAUUUAUUUCUACGCAUGUGUAAAGCUGGUGUUGAUCAGAUUAACACAGAUCCAGAAGAUGUGGCUAAUGAUGGUGGGAGGGAAGGUCAUCUGCACUCGGCUAUAGAUUCUUCUUCUCCUAAAGAAGAAUAUCCAGCCCCUCUCAGUCCAGAACGUCAACCACAUUAUAACAGUGCUCAUACAUAUAUGUAUGAACGUGAAUCAGAAAUAAUUUUACCAAGUUUUAUUAUGAUGUUAGAUAUGGUACUCAAACAAAUGGAGCUACAAGAAUCACCAAAACAUCUAGGUAUAUAUAAUGAAACAAGUAGAGAAGUCAUGCAGUUAUUGACAUGGAUGUUACGCAAAGAAUGGGAUGGCAUCCACACAUGUUUAUCAGAGGUUCAAAAGGUCAACUGUGAAUUUUGUCAGAAUAUAGCAUUGUGGCAUCAACUUGCUGCUCAACUUAUGGAACACAUCUGUCCAAGAGAUCCACUGAAAAUCCCACCAAAAGAAUUACCACGGGUUGAAGAGUUAAAACAAGAUAUUCUAAAUACUGAAUAUCAAGAAUUUGAAAAAGGAUCACCUCAACAUGAGAAAGAUGAAAAAGAACCAGAGUAUGAUAUAAAUACUUUUCCUAUAUAUCUACAGUUAUAUGAUACACUACUUAAAAGUUUAUGUGCUGUUACUGAUGUGGAUGCAUUGUUUUAUCUAUUAUCAUCGUUUAAAUAUUUAAUAUUACACGGAGAAUGUUUAAACUAUACAGUUAGUCAGUAUAAUCUCUAUAUACCAUUCACAUUGAGGAAACAUCUUAUACCCAAUUUAUGGAAGUUAUUACAAUGUGAACAUUCCCAGUUAUCAAUAGUAGCUGUUCCUCUGUUGGUUCAUUCUAUCACAUUACCGACUGGUGCUGACAUCUUCUGGAAAUUAGUAGAAGAUUGUUUUGGUCUUGAUGAUUGGAGGGCAAGAUUUGCUGCAGUUGAGAAAGUAACAGUAAUGGCACGUUGCCUAGAUACAGACUCUAUCAGAAAUAAUCAAGUUGUGCAAACAAGUUUAGCUCAUGCAUUCUGUCAUUUGAUUGGAUCAGUAGAAGAUAUUAAUGCAGCAAUUGCACAGAAAUCCAUUCUAUAUAUGGAUACAAUCAGACCAGCAGCAUUAAAGUGUUUGGUUCACUGUUUAGAGUUUCAGUUUGAUACUGUUAUAAACGAUCGUACAAUGAUAUUACACAGAAUGCAACUACUGGCUUCAGUUUUACCAGAUCAUAAAAUACUUACAUGGGAGUUUUUUCUGGGUAGAUUUGAUACUCUAUCUUUAGAAGCUCAGAUAGAUCUAGAAAACCGGGGUGAUAUUCCCUAUCCACAAGAUCUAACAAGUAGUGAUCGUCACAGUGAACAUUUUUUACGUAAAUUAAAUCGAGCCAGAUUAGCAUUAGCUAGAACAGAUAGUAUAAGAUCUGUUAGUGUUAGUAUAUUAAGUAAACCACCAUAUAGAAGAGCUGUAUCUGUACCAUUACAUCUUAUAGCUAAAGGUGCUUCUCCACCUAAAGUACCAUUAAAAGAUUUAUCAUGUGUUAGACAACAAUCAGCACCACAGUUUAAUCUAGGUUCUAGAAUGUCAUCAAAAUUAAACCUGGGUUCUUACAGUAAUAUGAUGUUUCCAGGUGGUCAGUUGAGAGAAUUUACAGAUGAAGAAAGUAAUUUUGCUGCUUUACUACAGAGAGCCAUGGAUUUAGAAGGUGUCGAUAGACAUACUGUAUAUCAGCUAGUUUCUCUUCUAAUGAAGUUUAUGGGGACAUAUAUAGAAGAUCCUAAGAGAGAUAAUACUCGAGCUCAGAAUACCGUUUUACGUCAUUUAAACAUCUUACUUGGAUAUAACCAAACAGAAAAAUCUUUUAGUGUUCCGCCAUAUAAAUUAAGAUCGUCUGCAGUAUUUAAUGCAUAUUUAUCUGGUGUUCCAUUUGUAUUGGAUAAUAAUUUUAAGUUGGGAAAUACAAUUUUACCUAUAACUCUACUAUUACUACAAUACAGUCCAUCACCCCAGAGAUAUGCAUCUGAUUAUCAACCACCAACAUAUACACUAUGGUAUCUAGAACAAUAUACUCGUAUGUCAUGGCUACGAGCUCUGCUAGUUAUACUUUAUAAGUAUCAGAUCAGUACAUCACCGGUAUCAGCUAUAAUACAGAUAUUAGUACAGAUAGUUACUAAUACAGUAGAUGCUCAACAUCAUCGAUGUAAAACAUCAGAAGAAGGUCAUCCAUUGCCUAGUCCAACAGUCCCAAGAAGUAAAGAUUUUAGCAAAAUAUCCAUGAGUGAUCUGGAAAAUAUACAAGAGACAGAGACACCACCUCAAAGUCCGAGUAGCUUAAGUGGAAAAGAAGAGAAGACCAAGAUACAUUUUAAAGGUCAUGAUGGAUCAAGUACUGUUAGGUAUUUGAAGGAACAACAAGAUGCUGCUGACAGUAGCGAGGGUGUUUUAUCGGACGCAGAGUGUACACCAACCACACAUGGCAGAAAUAAGAAAGAUGUGGGUAGAAAGCUAUCUAAAGUAAGACAACCGCGACAAUUAAUUGAUUAUUCAGAACCCGAUUCUGCAGAAGAGGAUUUAAGUAAUUUGAAAUUUAUAGGCAAAAAUAAGGUAUAUCAGUUGUCAAGGUCACCACUUAAACCAAUCAUGUCUCGAGAUAUUGAAUCUGAGGACCAAUCAGAAUCUCCAUCGGAUUCUUCUCUGGUGGAAAAGAAGCUUAGUAAACACAUGCAUGAAUAUAACCAAGGUUUAGAUGGUAGUUACGAAACAGAAACGUAUAAAGCUGCAGGCAGCAGUACAACAGAUGGCUCUAGUAAUCGGGAAGGUGGUACAUCAGAACAAAGUCGCGAUGCUGCAUCAGAAAUUGAAAGUACAGAAGAAAGUGAAAAAGUUCAGACAUCUGAUGCUGAGUCCGAAAGAAAUUCUGGAGAUGGUGGACAAGAUGAUAAAACAGAAGAGACACAUGGACAAACUAGUCAGGUGUUAAAACCAAACUUUCGUCAAAGAAAAUCGAGGAAGACAGGUUUAACGGCUGUUGAGAUGCACAAUAUUUAUCCAGAAUUUUCAGAAGCAUGUGAAAAAGUUCAAGAGUCCCAGAAUGAGACAUAUUCAAGUUCGACAAGUCGAAAGUCCAGAAAAGCUGCUUUGUUAGCUAAAAGUCGAGAAAGUGCUAAGAAAUGUAAAGCCAGUCGAAGUAGUGAGAGUAUUAUGAUAGAGAAAUGUACAGAAUGUGGUGUAGUAUUAGAGCUAUAUGAUGAUGAUACUGUAGGACUAUGUAUUGUUGUUUUAUCAACAUUUAUACAUAGAGAACCAGGACUGGCCACACCCAUGUUACUUAAAAUUCUACAAUGUGUAUCAAGAAUUGCUGCCAGUAGUCAGUAUUCUUGGCAAGCUGAAAGUAAUAUGAUAAUGCCUGGUAAUAGUAUUACUAUAGCAAGGCAACUCUUACGAUGUGUUCUACACCAGUUAGCACCAAAUGGUAUAUUUCCAAUGUUAUUCCAGAGUAAUUUAGAACCAUGUUUCUUGAAGACUGUGGCUGCAGCAUUGGUUGAUUUUAAUGAUCUGACUUGUCAUGCUGUAUUACAGUACCUUUUAGAGGGUUUGAACGAGAAGAAAAAUCUUCCACAAGAAAAUAUUAUGUUAUUACUGAACAAUAUCUCUAUAUAUCUAAACUGUGUAUCAUUAGAGAGUUCUACAGCUAUAUGGCCAGGUAUUCUCAACCAGUUUGAAAUAUUCUUCCGUCGUCUGCCAUGUGUUCUUCCUAACCCAUGUGAUAUCACACCUGUAUUAAAGAUAAUCAUCUCUAUAUUAAAAGUAUUUGCUGUUGGAAGUGUCAGGGCAAUAUUAGAGCCAUUCUCCAAGAUUGUAAGUUUUGCCAUACAGAACUGUUCAUUCAAGUUACAAAAUCUAUUAGAUAUCUGUUCUUUAUGUAACAGAGCCUUUAGUAGGGAACGAGACAAGUUUUUACUGACAAGGGUAGUUAUAUUUGAACUAAUACAAACAUUGAAGUUUAAGAUCAGUAUUCCAGAUGAAAACCUUCUUAUGUUAGUUCAGUUUGUAGUAUUAGAUACUGGUGGUAGUUUAUGUACUAAUAUAACAGCUGAAGAAAUAGGAAUGAUAUAUAAUUCUCCACCACAAUCUCUCAUUAGUUAUAAUGCUGCUGAAUGUAUGAGACAACAUCUUAAUGAAUGUAUAGAAUUUAUAUCAGAUCUUCAUACACUCUCUAAAGUCAAGAAUAACAUCAAAUGCACAGGUCGAAGUUUAAAUGAAGAUACAUUAGGGUGUCAGUUGAAGGCUGGUAUAGCUCAAUUUGUAGCACUGGAAAUAACACGAGGGAAUGGACAUGAUAAUCGUGCUAUAACUAGAUAUCUACCAUGGUUAUAUCAUCCUCCUUCUGCCAUGCAACAAGGACCUAAAGAAUUUAGUGAUAGUAUUGGUCAUAUUCGCUUGUUAUCAUGGAUUUUAAUUGGAUCAUUAACUCAUACUGCUAUUAGAGAAGGUGGAGCACCAACAUCAUGUUUACCUAUACCAAUAGAAACAAGUUGUCAUAUAGCUGAUCACAUCAUGGUUAUAAUGACAGGAUUCGCUGAACAAUCAAAGGCAUCAGUUUUACAUAUGUCCUCAUUAUUUCAUGCUUUUAUACUAUGCCAGUUAUGGACAAUGUAUUGUGAAUCAGCUGCAGCAUUACAUCCACAGAAUAGUGAACAAUAUGAUACAGCUUCUUCUAUGGUGAUGGAUUUCUGGGCGAGAGUUACACCAGGAAUUCUACAACUCUUGUCUCAUUCUACAGUGCUAGCAGAAAUGGUCAACCUACAUUUCCUUAGCUUAAUGGAAGCACUUCAAGAAUGCAAUUCUUCAGUUUUAGCAAAGCUAUUUCCAAUGUGGACUACCAUUUUGUUUGCCUACCACUCUAAGCUACCAGGCCAUCUACAGGUUAGAAUGCAAGUUUGUCAGAACUGGAAACCACCACAUCCAACCAAAGAUCAGACUAAUUUUAAUUCUUCUGUUUUACUCAACUGGUUAAAACGAAGUCAAUUUAGACUUGGUCAAAUAGAAAUUCAGUCAUCAGCUGCUACUCAGUUCUAUACUGUUUAAUUCUCACCAAUCAUGUGUUUCACCGGGUGUGCAAAAUCUCUUAUAAAUGAAAUGAUUAUUUAUAACUCAACUCCAAGGAACACUCUAUAAUUUAUGUAAAUUGCUAUGAUGCAUGAAACAUUGUGGAGGUAGUAUCAAUCCGCUAAUAUCCCCCAAAGAUUAUCUAAUGCCUGAAAAUUAAUCAAAUUCUAAGCCUGGAUAUUUGUAAGAGCAGUUGUACAGGCACUACAACAGAGUCAACAACCUGUAUUUCCGACAGGAUGCUAAAACUGGAUCAAGAUUUCUAUAAACUAUUAACACAGACCUGUAUUUUCAUGUUUCAAUGUGCUAAAAAUAAAGCAUACUGUUGUUGUUAAAGACAAUGUUGCCAAAAUAAAAUGUGAUAUUUGAUGUUAUAUUGUUAAUGUUGAUGAUGUGUGUCAUUUUGUAGUCUACAUAUCAAAUUUUGUGUAUGUAACUUGUUGACAAUGUAUAUUAUCCUUGAUUUCUGUCCAUUCAAACUCUCUGUGAUUAUUCAACUAGUCAUAAGGAGAUUCAGAGAGAUUUGUCUGCUUUAUGCAGACUCAUGCAAAUCUUUGACCCUGUCACUAAAACCUUGCACAUGUCACAAUAAAUCAGAAAGGUUUUUUUUAUUUUCAAAAAUAAACUUGUGUCAAAAAUUAGUGCUGUAGAUCAAAUUUUCACCAAGUAAUUGCAAGUGCCACAGAAAUGUAGUGAAGUGUUUUUGAAAUGAGUUAUUAAUUGUGAAUUAUAUCUUGUUAAAAUACAGAUGUGACAUUAUUCCUUUUUAUGUUGGCAUACCAUUAUUUUGUGCAAGACAUUGUGAUAUAUAUAGAUAUAGCAUAUACAAGUAUUUGAUGUUGUAUUAUAUUAUGGUAUUUAAUGCUAGUUUGAGCCAUAGUAUUAUUUAUUAUUAUGUAUAUUAUUAUAUUUAUUAUUUAUAUGUAUAACAGGGGCGGAUCCAGGAAAUUAUGCAGGAGGGCGUUAAGCAAAUUUGACAGUUGACAAUGCAUGAUGCCAUCAUCGUCUCCAAAUUAAGUAGGCAUACAUACACACCAAGUUUUUUAAAGAGAGAAAUUCAACACCCCGUUUGACGUCAAUUUUUAUUAUGAAUUAAUAGGAUCACAUUUUGAUUCAAUUUCAUUUAUGCAAAGCAAUAAAUAUGAUAUCACAUCUAUAUCAUCAUCUUGUGCUUUGAAUGUCCAUCUCAUCCCACCAUCUGAUAUUGAAGGAUAAAGCACACGACCGACCGUGACACUUCUCUCAUAAAAGUGUUGUUUUACAAAUUUUUUUAUGUAGUUGAGCAGGGAGGGGUUUGAACCCCCCCUCCCCGGAUCUGCCCCUGGUCCAACCCUUUUAUACACAACCUUAUUAAUUAUCGACUUAUCUGAAGAUUGCUUAAAAUAACUAAAUCUAAAAAUAACUUCAGGUGCACAUUUAAUUUUUGACCUCAAUUAGAAAUUCACAUAAACUUUUUGAAAAAAAAUCCCAGAGAACUUCAAAAUCAGAUAUUCCAGAUAUUUUGAAUUGAAUGGACUUAUUCAUACUUCCUAAUUAUUGUAUUACAUUAAACGUGUAGUUUUCUUGUAGUAUAUGUAUUAAUAUUUCUAACAAAGGUUAGCCUACCGAGUACUGAUAUUUGUUAAGUAAAACAUUGUAAGGGAGUUCUUUAUGUAUUUAUCUGCAGUUAAUAGCUGAAUUCUUAUUUAUAAAUUUGUCAUAUUUGAAGUUUUGUUUUGUUAAAAAUAAUUUAGGUAUUUGUAUACUGAUU